GGCCGUAUUUUUCAAACCAUGCGAGAAUCUUCGAAUGCGAACAAAGUCGAGCGGCAAAAUUCGCACACGAACUAAAAAGUGCAUCUUUGAACAGCAUUCGAAAUUUCAUUCGCAUACGAACAUGAAAUGUAGUGGCAACGUAGCAAAGUCGAGUGCUAUUGAAGGCCAUGUCAAACGGGAUGAAGACGAUAAAGAUUUUUUAACCUAACCUGAAAUUUAAGUUUAAAAGCAUCAGGGAAUUUUGAGGUUGUUUUCACGGCGUUUCUUGGGUUUUUUAAAUUGACUUUUUUUUACGAUGGAUCCAAAAAAUAAAAAAUAUUGCGGUUUUGUUUCAAGUGAGCAAAAGAAGGAAAUAAUUUUAUUUAUGGAAGAGCAUCCGGAAUUAAAGUCGGGCAAAUUCACACAAGAUUUUUCAUUUAAAACUGCACAAGCCUUGUGGAUAAAGUUAGCGGGCAGAUUGCACAGUCUCCCUGGAGCACAUAAGGACUGGAAACAAUGGCGUAAGACUUGGCAAGAUUUGAAGUCAAAAUCAAAGAAGAAAAAAACUGAAAUUAGAAAUCAUCAAAUGGGAACUAGAGGUGGACCAGCUGUGGCAGACCUUAAUAGUGAUGAUGAAAAAAUUUUAGAAUUAAUCGGACCGGUUCUAGUAGAUGGUGAUCGCAAUGUAGAGGAAUCCUCUUGCCACUUUACUGUCAGUAGUUUAAAUGAAAGCACUUUUAAUGUUGAGCCUAUAACUUUUUCCCCUCAAUCUAAUCACCCUACUAGUGCCGGUAAAUGUUUAACUACAGAUGAUAAAUACACCUCCAUUGAUCAUUUAACUUCAAACACCUCUAAUAGGAAAAAGACUUCACGGAUCCAAAGAUUAAAUAAAACCAUACAGGCAAAUGAUAAAUUAAUUGAACUAACAAAGGAACAAAACAACCUACUCAAAAGAGAUGUGGAAGCUAAAGAAUCAAUAGCACAAAGUUUAAAGGCUCUAGUAGAAUACUUUAUACUUAAAGAUAAAUUGUCAUCAAUAUUUAGUUUUUUUUAAUGUAUUAUUCUUUUCAAUUUAGACAGUUUUUUAAUUUUUGAUCCAUAUUGUUUUUUUUCUGUGAA